UCGUUCACGGGACAAGUGUCAUUUCACCCAACGACUGGUGCACAUGAAGGAUAAGCUGCGGAUUUGCUGGGAUUAAUCUGCGCCGUAAGAGGAAUCCGCAGUUCCUUGCUGCCAGUUUCAUCAAGGGCAUCUAGAGGUGGUAAUGGAUCAAGAGGUGGUAAUGGAUCACGAUCCAAAUGCUUCUUCACAAAAAGUUAAGGCCCUCAAAUAAUAUUAGUUCAAAAAAAGUUAAGGCCCUCAAAUAAUAUUAGUUCAAAAAUGAAUAAGAAUAAGGCCCGAUCCUAAUCUGAUUUGACCCUUAAAUUUUGCAGUGUAAAGUUUAUAGCCUAUUAUGACCCCGGCAUCCCCGUUGCACAGCCAGCAUUGCUCAUCUCUCUCUCCGUUAGUUAGAGCUUGCGCCUCAAGUUUGGCACAUUUGUUUGCCCGCCGCGCUUGGCCUCCAGCUCCAGGCUUCGUCUUAUAAACCCAGAGGUCCACCAGCCUCGCGGGAAUCUCACCUGUGAAAGCGAGCACACGCAACUUAGAUACGCAAGCACGUCAAUGGAGAGAAGAAGGGUGGCCGCAUCGUUGGUGGCGGUGGUGGUGCCGCUGCUGCUGUGCUCGUGCUUCGUCGCCGGUGAUCAGGGCGAGCCGGCGGCGGGGGGCUCGGACACGAACCAGCUGUGCGUGAGCAAGUGCGGGACGUGCCCGACGAUCUGCACGGCGUCGCCGCCGACGAUCCUGCCGAUGACCGCGCCGCCGCCGCCGGCCCUGGCGCUGCUUCCGCUGUCCGCGCCCCCGCCGCCGUACCUGGAGCUGGGACCGCCGCCGCCGCCGGGGGACGAGUACGACCUGCUGCCCCCGGUCACGCCGCUAACGAGCCCGGCGCCGGAGUCCCCGUGCUCGACCCCGCCUUCUUCCUCUUCCUCGUCGUCGGAGCCUCCGCCGUCACCGCCCCCGCCGCCGCCACCGAAGAGCAGCAGCGGGUCGUCGUCUUCCUCAUCUUCCCCGUCGGCGCCCUCGCACUUCUCCUCUCCGCCGACGCCGCCGUCGUCGUCCAACCCGUACUACUACCUGUACCUGUCCGGCGGCGCCAAGGUCCGCGGCGGCGCGUCCAGCGCUUGCGCCACGGCGCUCGUCCUCGCCGCGUUCCUGCCCGCCGUCGCCCUUUUCAAGUGACGCACGCUUCUGUUGUUAGUGCAGUCAUCUGUCGGCUGUCGGCUGUCCAGACCGGUGUUUUAAGAUUCAUGCAUGCAUGCAUUACGUACGCGCCUCGUUUUGGCAUCCGAUUCGGUGAUGCUCUCAUCUGUCGGGCUUUCCGGCCGGUGCCAGAUGAUCGAUCCAUGCAUGCGGAUAAUAGCAGCUGUCUUUGCAAUUUGUUCACUGUAUCAACGUUCCUGUACGUACCUUAAUGAUUUUGUAAAGUGAAUUCUGAUCGAUGAUGGCUUCAUGCUCA